UCUUUCUUUGUUUUCUCACAACUAAAAUCUUGAUUGCUAGUUCACUACCAUUAGUGCCCAAACACUACAACAUGAUGAGAUUUUUAAUCUCAUUCUUACCCUUUUUCUUCUUGGUGGUGGUACUACAAGAAGCCACUUGCUUCAAUCAACACAAAGAACUUUCUCAUAAUAUUAGAAACAAACUCAAGGGUAGAUUGGCCAUUUCCCUCUCUCAUUCACCAUCACAAACGGCAAAGGCAAGAAGCAGAGUGGUGUACCCGGCGGAGUAUGGCGCAGACACGAGCGGAGCACGUGACAGCAGCGACGCAAUUAUAAAGGCAUUGGAGGAUGCAUUCAGUUUGGAGAGUGAGGCGGAGCUGCUUCCGGGGGUUAAAGACCUUGGGGGUGUAUUGGUGGACCUGCAAGGUGGGAACUACACAAUUAGCAAGCCCAUCAAAUUCCCUUCUUCUGCUGCUGGCAAUCUUGUGGUACAAGGAGGAACGUUGAGAGCUUCUGAUGCAUUUCCCACUGAUCGCCAUCUAGUUGAGUUAUGGGCAUCUAGUUCCCAAAAGCUCUCAAAAACAGCAUCAUUUGAUGACUUGUACAACAAGAAACUUCAGCAACCUAAAGGGAUUUACUACGAAGACAUAACAUUCCGGGACAUUCUAUUCGAUUCGGGCUACCAUGGAGGAGGAAUUUUUGUAGUUGAUUCCGCUAGGAUCCGAAUCAACAACUGUUUCUUCCUCCAUUUCACUACAGAGGGAAUCCUAGUCCAAGGUGGCCACGAAACUUACAUAUCUAGCUGCUUUCUUGGGCAACACUCAACCGUAGGCGGGGACUCCGGCGAGCGACAAUUCUCGGGAACUGCGAUUGAACUUGCUAGCAAUGAUAACGCAAUCACCGAUAUUGCGAUCUUCUUCUCCGUAGGGAUUGUCCUAAGGGGCCAAGCCAACAUCGUUACCGGGGUCCAUUGUUACAAUAAGGCCACCGGUUUUGGUGGCAUAGGAAUCUUGGUAAUGCUAGCCGGAAAUUCACAAACAAGAAUUGAUAAUUGUUACAUGGAUUACACAGCAAUUGUGAUGGAAGACCCUGUUCAAGUUCAUGUCACUAAUGGAUUUUUCUUGGGGGAUGCUAACAUUGUUUUGAAAUCAAUUAAGGGACAAAUAUCAGGAUUGAAGAUAGUCAAUAAUAUGUUCACUGGGAACCCUAACGCUAAAGUUCCAAUUGUGGCAUUAGAUGGAGUGUUUGGUAACGUUGACCAGGUGGUCAUUGAUUUGAACAGUGUUGAUGGAAUGGGGUUGAGAUCAACGGUUGGGAAGCAAUCUGUGGCUGGGAAUGGAACAAAAUGGGUGGCUGAUUUUUCAGGGGUUUUGGUGUUCCCUAAUAGGAUAAAUCACAUUCAAUAUUCAUUUUAUUCUCAGGGGGGACCUAAUAAUAAUAACAAUAAUAAGUUUGUACCACAUGCAGUGACCAAUGUUACAAAUAAUGUCGUGGUUGUGGAAAGUGAUAAACCGGUUAAUGGGGUUGUUUCAUUCCUAGUUGAGCAAUGAUUAUUUAUCGCGUAUGUAGUUGUUUUUGUUGGGUUUGAAAAAAUAAAAACAAAAAUUUG